CCAUGUCAUGUGAUCCAAAAUGUCGAAUGCACGCGGAACUAUAAUAGAGUUGACGCUUUUUGAGUUGAUGAUCUGUAGUUAAUCAGAUUUGUCUUUCAAACACUACUCGGCGUGUUAGGACGCAUUUUCGCUUUGUUUUUAAUGAGAGCUCUUGAGCGAACAGUGUAGGAUUAUAAAUAUAAUGUGAAGAUGAAGCAGGCUGUCUUACUGUUUAUCAUAACGCUGUCUGCUUGUGCUCGCGCGGCGUUUGCUGAUGCAGAAGUGACUAUCAUAGCUCCUGCAAUAGUGAAUCUACAAGAACAAUCUUCAGAAAACAUCACCAUUACACUGAGUUCACCAUUGAACACAUCUGUAACGGUUUAUUUCAAUAUCACAUAUAAAUCAAAAAAUGCCUCUUCAAUAAUUCUGCUGCCUGAUGAGGUUGUCGUGCUGGCAGGAACCUCAUCUGUAUCUUUUGAAGUGCAAGCUACAGGGGUUGGUCAGGUGGCCGCUUAUCUUUCCAGCAAUGACACUCACAUAAAAAACUUAGAGACACGAAUCAGAUUCCUGAUUGUCAGAAGCAACGUCCUUUUCAUCAUCAACCAAAUCAUUGGCUGGAUUUACUUCUUGGCCUGGUCUGUGUCGUUCUACCCGCAGGCGUAUGAGAACUGGAAACGACGCAGUGUGGUAGGCCUCAGUUUUGAUUUCCUCGCUCUCAACCUGACUGGAUUCUUCGCUUACAGUGUGUUCAACAUUGGCCUGUUCUGGGUGACGUAUAUACAGGAGGAGUUCUUGAAGAAAGAUCCAAAUGGGGUCAUUCCUGUCGAUGCUAAUGAUGUCUUCUUCAGCCUUCAUGCGUUACUUCUCACUCUUGUCUAUAUCUGCCAGUGUGCCAUCUAUGAGAGAGGAGGGCAAAAGGUUUCCAAAGUGGCCAUGGGGUUAUUAGCGAUUGGCUGGACCUUUGCGUUUGUCUCCCUGUUUGUUGCUGUGGCACAGAAGAUCUCCUGGCUGGAUUAUCUGUACUAUUUCUCUUACAUUAAACUGGGUGUCACACUUGUAAAGUACAUCCCUCAGGCUUACAUGAACUACCGCAGGCAGAGCACAGAGGGAUGGAGCAUCGGGAAUGUGUUGCUGGACUUCACAGGGGGCAGUUUCAGUUUAAUUCAAAUGUUCCUUCAGGCCUAUAACAACGAUAAAUGGAAGUUUAUAUUUGGAGACCCCACAAAGUUUGGACUGGGUGUGUUGUCCAUAUUCUUCGAUGUUGUGUUCAUCGUACAGCAUUAUUGUCUGUAUAGGAACAGAGAGCCAAUGUAUCGUGAUUUAGAUGAUCAGAAUGACCAACACACCAGGGUUAAAACAUGACCAGUGCCAUAUAAAGAUUUCAUAUGGACUUUUAUAUCGUUUUAAUAUAACUAUCUAAAAUGUGUACCAUGUAUCAGGGUCAUUCUUCAUUUGUGGUGGCAAGUGUAGUCCCUCUACAACAGUUGAAAUUAACUUUAAAUACCAAUAAAUCAUAAAAUGUUUGUAUUCUGUAGGGUGUGCGCUGUUAAUAGUGACAUUUUUUGUGACAUGUACAAUUUUAUUCAAUUGUUAAAAAAAAAUACACAUUUUGUUACAUUUACGAAAAAAUGUGUGUCCCCCAAAUUCAUGUCUGUUGUGUUACAACAAUGGAUGUCACCCCUUUAAGAAAAGGAGGAAUUCUAUUUGGACUACUUCCUGUGUGUAAAGGUCACUGCAGGUGCUGGAUGAUCUGAGGGGUGCAUGGGGAGUAUAUUCUUUCUUAUUAAUUAUUAGUUAUUAAGUUAGCUAAAUUUCUGUCAAUUUAAUGUGUCGCACUUUAUUAGUGUCUAUGGUGUAGUGUUAUGUUGAUAGCUUGCAGAUCUAGUGGCUGUGUCACCAGUGUUUGAUUGAAAUGAUUUAAAAAUCAAAAUGGAUAUAGCAUAUUAAACUAAUUUUAAAUGCAUAGCGAUGUAUUUAAUUAGAAAAAAAAAACAAGCAUUUUUACAAAUUCUGCCUCAUUUGCCACCCCAAUUGAAGAUUGACCCAUCAAAGGGAAUUACAAAUCUGUCUUAACAUGUAUUUUGGACGCAAAUAUGCACUAGUUUUGUAUGAAUUAGUAUGUAUUUAUAAUCAUUUUUCAGAUUUCAGUAAAUUGUUGCUGUCUCAGGUGAAUUACUGAAGCUGGUACUGUAAUGAAAUUAAUGCAACUCUUAAUAUAGGUUUGUGUGUGUUUUGGUUUUUUUGUCCAUAUUUCACGUUUUACACUGCAUUCUGGUGGCCAUAAGAUAAACUACAUUGCAUUCUGA